UCCAGGGUUAAAGGCAGAAGAAUCGAUACACACAGAGACAAAGAAACAGGGACACGGCAGCAGCUCCUGAUUGUGUCUAUUCUGUGGUAACUAAUGUAGUUAACUGGCUUCUCCCUUGUAGUUUGCUUAGGAGGAAAGUGGAAAUAUUCAAGACUUCUUAGAAACAAACAAGCUAACGCUAAGUCAAGGCAGAUGAGUAACUGAGCAGAUGUUAUUGCAGCCGUAACUGAUUCACAAGUUACACUUUAGCACACGUUUUCUACCCCUUCCCUGCAGCUUGGCCUGUCGUCUUGUUUGUGUUUUUUCCUGAGGAGGAAAUCUUGUAAAUGUUUAGCAUUUGGCUGCUUUGUUACUUAACGCUUGGAACCAUUCCCGUGUUCACUGUCUCGGGUGGAGGAAACCAGCUGAGUCCGGAGAACAGUUUAAUAUGGGGACCUGGUCUGACAGCAGAUGUUGUCCUCCCUGCUCGGUAUUUUUAUGUUCAGGCUUUGGACACUGAAGGGCAGAGGUUUACUUUCUCUCCAGGAACAAAUGCAUUCCAGGUGAAGAUCACUGCUCCUGAUGAGCAGUUCACUCGGAUAGGAGUGCAGAUAUUAGACAGAAAAGAUGGCUCCUUCAUUGUGAGGUACAGAAUGUAUGCAAGCUACAAAAACCUGAAGAUAGAAAUCAAAGUCAAAAACAAACAUGUUGCCAAGUCUCCAUAUAUUUUAAAAGGCCCUGUUUACCAUGAGAAUUGUGACUGCCCUCGCGAAGACAGCACUACAUGGCUGGAAGAUAUGAGCUGCCCUCAAGCCAUUCCACAGAUUCAGAGAGACCUAGCACAUUUUCCCACUGUUGACCCAGAUAAGAUUGCAAAGGAAAUUCCACAACGGUUUGGACAAAGACAGAGUUUGUGUCACUAUACCAUAAAAGAUAACAAGGUUUAUAUAAGGACCCAUGGUGAGCAUGUAGGCUUCAGGAUUUUCAUGGACGCUAUACUACUUUCUUUGACUAGAAAAGUGAAAAUGCCAGACGUAGAGUUUUUUGUUAAUUUAGGGGAUUGGCCUUUAGAGAAAAAGAAAUCUACUCAGAACCUUCAUCCCAUCUUCUCAUGGUGUGGAUCCACUGAAUCGAAAGACAUUGUGAUGCCAACCUAUGAUUUGACGGACUCAGUCUUAGAAACUAUGGGCCGAGUCAGCCUGGACAUGAUGUCUGUGCAGGCCAACACUGGGCCACCCUGGGAAGACAAGAAUACUACAGCAAUUUGGAGGGGACGUGACAGCCGCAAAGAGAGGCUUGAACUUGUAAAACUCAGUAGAAAAUAUCCGGAUGUCAUAGAUGCUGCUUUCACAAACUUUUUCUUUUUUAAACACAAUGAAAGCCUUUAUGGUCCCAUUGUGAAGCAUAUUUCAUUUUUUGAUUUUUUCAAGUAUAAAUAUCAAAUUAAUAUUGAUGGUACAGUGGCUGCAUACAGAUUGCCUUACCUGUUAGCAGGAAACAGUGUAGUACUGAAGCAAGACUCCUUCUACUAUGAACAUUUUUAUAAUGAGCUGCAGCCCUGGAAACACUACAUUCCAUUUAAAAAUGACCUGAGUGACCUACUGGAGAAGCUACAGUGGGCAAAAGAUCAUGAUGAAGAGGCAAGGAAUAUUGCAAAAACAGGGCAAGAAUUUGCAAGAAAUAACCUCAUGGGAGAUCAUGUAUUCUGUUAUUAUUUCAAACUUUUCCAGGAAUAUGCCAAUUUACAAGUGAGUGAGCCAAAAAUCAGAGAUGGCAUGGAGAAGGUAGAGCAGCCUGACGAUGACCUGUUUCCAUGUACUUGCCACAGAAAGAAGGCCAAAGAUGAACUCUAACAGGAAGAAAUACAGUCAUUUUUAGGAAUGUUUACCUAUCUUCAGAAUCCCUGUAAAAGAAAAUAAAAGGAACAUUAUUUUAUUAACAAUUUCAA